AUGAUAUCAGAGAGUACACCUGAUAUUACAUGUCCUUUUCAUCAUCUAUUAUGUAAAUUGAUAACACCGACCCAAGGAUCAUAUGCUGGUCGUAUCUACACACUCUGUCCCAAUAGGAUAUGUUCAUUCUCGAAAUGGCAUGACAGAGGUACCACUCUCUCACAGUUACUCAUUAACAAUAGUACUACUAGUACUAGUAAUAGUAAUACGACAACAACAACAACAACAAUGCCAACAAUGAUACCAACAUUAACAACAAAUGUUAAUAAUAAUAAUAAUAAUAACAAUAAUAGUGGCAAUGACAUUACUAGUAACAGCAACAACAACAACUACAUUUCAUCAUCACCAACACCACCACCACCACCACCACUUGUGAAACUAGAUGUCAUUAAACAAGAGUUACCGCUUCAACUUCCACUUAAACAAGAGCCAACGUUUCAACCUCAAAUUAAACAUGAGAUAUCAUAUCAACUUCCACUUAAACAGGAAAUCAAGCAAGAGACUGCUUUUCAACCUUAUCAGCCUCAAAUUAAACAGGAGACAUCAUAUCAACUUCCACUUAAGCAAGAGUCAACAUUUCAACCUCAGCUUAAGCAAGAAGUCAAACAAGAGAUUACUUAUCAGCUUCCACUUAAGCAAGAGACAGCAUUUCAACCUCAGCUUAAGCAAGAGACAGCAUAUCAACUUUCACUUAACCAAGAAGUCAAACAAGAGACUACGAACUUUCAAAUCAAUGUUAUUAAGAAUGAAGUUCAACCUACUUUAUUACAGCCUCCUCAAAAUAGUAUAAAAGUUCCAGAUAUAGUUAAUAAUAGUUAUAGUGGUAAUAAUAAUAAUAGUUAUAAUAAUAAUAAUAAUAAUAAAAAUAAUAAUAUCGAUAUAAGGAAUGGCAGAUCGGACGAUGCAAUUUUAAUUAGUUCAUCCGAUGAUGAAAGAGAAGAAGCAGCAGAUCAAGGUGUAAUUUCACAGACAGAGAGUAUAUCUGUAGAUGACGAUGGUAAUGAUGAAGACGAUGGUAUAGAGCUUGUAAAUGAUGACGACGACGAUGGCAACGUAGAAGAUGACAAUAGUAUUUUAAUAAACGAUGACGAUCAGAUCAUUUUCACACCAACACCACCUUCAUAUAAUCCAAAACAACAACAGCAACAUGAUAACAUUAAAAACAACAAUAGCGUAAUCAAUAACAAUAAUAACAGCUGUAGCAACAACAACAACAAUAAUAACAAUAAUAACAAUAAUAAUAAUAAUAACAGCAACAACACAAUAGAUCUUGAUGAUGAUGAUAACAAUAUAGAUGUAGAUAAUUAUGUUUCACCAAUACCACCGAAUUCUACAGCAAAGUAUCAAUAUCUACAACAAAAACGACAACAACAACAAAUGCAACAACAACAAAUAAAACAACAACAGCAACAACAACAGCAACAACAACAAACACCAAGUAAAUAUCAAUUGACUUUUAUUGAUAUCAACGAUAAUCCACAGAGUAAAACGCAAAUUCAGAAUCUAAAGGUGAUGAGAAGCGACUCGAAUGAGGUCAUCGUUGAUUUUCAGUUGAUCGAUGAUCAAAUGGUGGGAACGACACACCCCGUUCCAACGUUACGCGAGACACGUCCACUGAUAGAUAUCUUUGUAGAGGUGAAGGCACGACGUGACCAAUACGACAUGUGGACAUUCUCAUUGGAUCAGUAUAAUCGUGUGAUGUUCCGACUGGUGGAAACAUUCAAUCAAGGCACUCGUUUCAACGUAUUCAUACGAAAAGUACCACAACAAGUUUUAAAUUUUCACAAAAAUCCAUGGUCUAUGGCAAAUGAAUCAUCGUCAUCCAACAAUUUACAAUUACAGUUUUCACAACAACCACAACAAUAUCAACAGCUACUACUCCCACAGCUUUCACAGUUUCAACAAUUUCAACAACAACAACUACUUCCACAAAAACCAAUACAACAAAAACAACAAAUACAACAACAAGAUCUUACACAAAGUUCUAUUCCUUCAAAGCUAUUGGAAGCACUGUUACCGUUUCAAACGAAAGGAUUACUUUUUGGAAUUCAACAUCAUGGAAAGUGCAUGAUUGCCGACGAAAUGGGUUUAGGUAAAACAAUACAAGCGUUGGCAAUUGCAUCUUUUUAUAUUCAAGAAUGGCCUAUUUUAAUUAUUUGUCCAUCUUCAUUGAGAUACACUUGGUCUCGUGAGAUUCAGAAAUGGUUUCCAGAGUAUACAGGAAGAAUCAGUUUGAUUACUACAGGCGAUGGCAAAGCGAAUUCACUGAUAAACAUUGUUAGCUAUGAUUUGGUGACGAAACUUUACAAUACAGAGUUGAUGCCCAGAAACUUUAGAGUGAUCAUAUGCGAUGAAUCUCAUUAUCUAAAGAAUAUAAACGCCAAGAGAACAUCGGCAGUUUUGAAACUGAUAAAGAGUGCCGUCAGAAGAAUACUACUCACUGGUACACCUGCACUGUCGAGACCGAUCGAGCUGUAUCCACAACUGGUUGCACUGGAGACACCGAUCUAUUCGAAGAUGAAUGAAUUCGGACUUCGCUAUUGUGCUGCAUUCAAAGGUAGAUACGGAUGGGACUACACUGGAAAUUCACAUCUACCAGAGUUACAUGUUUUAUUGGAGAGUGGCCGUGCCAAACUACCGGGUGCACAAGACUACAUUGUUGGACUGGUGAAAGAGAAUAAGAAGUUCUUGGUGUUUGCACAUCACACUGAUAUUCUCGAUGGUCUGGAGCGAUCGAUUAAAUCGACGGGCACCGGCUAUAUGCGGAUCGACGGCUCGACACCGGCCGAAGCCAGACAGACCUAUGUCACGCGCUUUCAAAACUCGGACAAGUGUAGAGUUGCGCUGUUGAGUAUCACUGCUGCCGGAACUGGUUUGACACUGACAGCUUCGUCGCUCGUUGUGUUUGUCGAGUUGUAUUGGACACCCGGUGUUCUCAGGCAAGCGGAAGAUCGUGUCCAUAGAAUCGGUCAGCGUGAAGACGUGCACAUCCACUAUCUCAUUGGAAAGAACACUCUUGACGACAAGAUGUGGCCGACCAUCUGUAAUAAACUGGAGGUUCUUGGUGAGACAUUGGACGGACAAGAAGAAAUCCUACACACUGAGAUUCACGAUCUUAGAAGCAACACCAAAUUAGAUCAAUUCAUCGAUGUUAAAACUAAUAUCAACAGCAUUAACAACAAUAAUAAUGUUAAACUACAACCUAUACCAACAUCGACCAAACAAGAACAAGUCAUCGAUGUUGAUGACGAUGAACAGAUAUUUUCAUUGAUUGGAAACGAAGAUCUUGCCAACAGUACAAAUAACUUUAACACCAGUAACUUUAAUAACUUUAACAAUGUCAACAACUUUAACAACAGCAAUAAGCCGUAUUUAGAUCUACAACUACCGGGUGUGAUCACUGCGAAUGGUGGUAACAAUAAUAGUACUUUGGUUAGCAAUAAUAGUUAUAAAAACAACAACAAAAUCAACAAUGGUAGUUAUAAACAUAAAAGAUGUCAUGACUAUCAUGAGGAUAAUGAUGAGGAAUCGGGUGAGGAAUGUAAUUGUCAAGCAAAGAGAGUGGCAGAGUAUUAUAAGAACAAGUACGGUCAAUCACCUAGCAAUAGUAAAUACGGAAAGAAACUUAAAAUGUCACCUACCAAAUCUACCGCUGAUAAAUAUAAGGCAUUCCUACAGGUCAAUCCAAACUAUGAACUUGACAUCAAACCACAACCUACUUCACCGUCAAAGAGAACAAACCAAUUACUUUUCCGUGGAAAUGGAAUCAGUAACAAUAGCAAUAGCAAUAACAAUAUCUUUAGUAGUAACAAUAACAACAACAAUAAUAAUAUCUUUAGCAGUAAUAAUAAUAUUAACAUCAACAACGGCAGCAACAAUAACACUAUCAAAACAUAUAAAUUCACAAAUCAUGAUUCUGCUAGUUAUUUGUCACCUGUAUAUAAUAAUAGUACAUAUUUACCUACAACAACGACAACGGCAACUUCACUUCCAACAAUUUCAUCAACAACAACUCCACCACCACCUUAUUAUAGUACAACAAGAGAAAUACCAAAACAAAUAAUGACAUCGACAACAGUAGUUCCACCAAUGGUCAUACCAAAUAGCUAUAAUAACUUCUACAACAACAAUAAUAAUAAUAAUAAUAAUAAUAACACCAUCAACACUAAUAUUAAUAUGCAUCAAUCAGGAAGCAUAGUUUCACCAAUGUUUAAUCAAUUGAACAAUAGAAUCGUUUAUAAUAGCAAUCAACAAGGAGCUACAAACCUUACAUUCGCUCAACCACUCCAAAACACACCAACAUUGUGUAACAAUGAUAAUUCGACAAUGAACUACAACAACAAUUACAACAACAACAACAACAACAACACAGUAGAUAUAGACUCUAUCUUUAAUACGAGAAAAGAGUUUAUAGAAGAUAUUGACGAUGAUACCACCACUCCAUCAAAGCCAAGGAAAUCGUCAUCAUCAUCAAAAUAUCAAUAA